AUGAAAACCGCGCUACUUCUCCUCGGCUUCAUCGCGGUCGCCGCUUCGCUCGCCGUGCAGCCGCAACGCGACAACGCGGUCAUCUGCGCAAUUUGCGAGGAGUUGGUUGAGGAGGCCGAAAAAGAGGGCGGCAACGACAUCGAGACCUACCUGAACACCAAAAUCGAGGAAUUGUGCAAAAAGACGAGCUUCCUGAAGGAGAUUUGCGAGAAGACGCUUAAGGAGGCCGUUUCCGAGCUGGUGACGUGGAUCAAGCAGAAGGCCACCCCCGAGAAGGCGUGCCAGGAAUGCGAUCUCUGC